GGCGGCGGAAAUAUGAUUAUAUGUAAAAUGAGUAUCAGUAUCAGUGAGUGAUCAGCUUUGUUUGUCGCGCAGAAGAAAAUACAAUCUCUAAAAUACAAUUUUUAAAAAUGUUUAAAUUAUUAACUACCUUAUAAGGAACCUUAAAUUUUGUUGAUUUAUUAUGUAAAGGAUUAACUUGUUAUAUAGUGGGACUUUUCCUUGCGGCUCUAACGCUUUUGCUGCUGUUUUUUGCUGCUGCAAAGUUAAAUAGGACACUGAAUGCGUUUAUUGCUCUUGCCGUAUUUGAACCAGCUGUGCAGUGCGUGCGAAUUUGAACGUUUUUUUUCUAUGCGAUUACGUCGGCAAAGAAAAUCACACUAAUGAAAAAAGAUCAACAAUAGUAAUAACAGUUAGUAUACAAUUUGUUUGAAGUCAGCGUAGUUGCGGUGGAGAUGAGUAUCGCAACUCUAAGCGUCAUAGUUCGUAUAUAAGCAUUUUGCUACUCACGUCCAGAAGGGGAAUGCCUUUUUUAUUACUUUACGUCGUGUCAGACCAGCUUAAAUUUGAGGCAUUUGAAUAUAAAUGCCCGACUAUUAAUUGCAAUAACAGUUUUGAUUUUGGUUUGAUGAACAAAGUUCAUAGUUUGAAGAAUAAUCCUGGCUGCAGUUGUGAGAGUAUGUGACAAGGUAGAACUUCUCCUGAAUAAUCCACCAAAACACAGGCAGGUGGCAGACCGCCGGAUUAGGAAGCGUCCGUAUAUAGGAGAUGCCAACCGUCACUUUCUUUUAUUCAGGGUUUUCUUCGAUUAGAGUCUUGAAGACGUAACUUGCAAUAUCCCUCCUUUUCUUUACAAAAAGAAGGACAUUGACCACCAUAUCAACAUUGUUUAUUAAACGCAGUACAAGUUUGUUUCCACGCCUUCGCGCCUCCUCACAAUGAAUGAAUAUUCGCUAUAUACUGAAGAGAGACGUAAGAUGCAUGGCGCGAAAAGAGUUCUUGUAUUUUGUAUACUUAUCGUUAUAUUACCCGCUAGUCUAAUUAUCAUUCCAUUGUAUCUGCGACGUAUUGUGUUUGCGGACGUCACUUACCCCGUGGCUGAAUCAGAUAUCAUUGAAAUACGUGACGGCAUUAGCUCUAUAUUUUGCGAGCAGCAUUCGUUGCGCAUGAAUUCCAAUUUUAAUGCUUUUCAGUUGAGCAGUAAACCCGAAAUAUCGACAAAUCGUAAGCAUAUUAGACUUAAGAAAUCCAUGACUUUGCCCGACGACACAUUGGAAUAUUGGGGCUUUUAUUUGUUAAAAGGUGCGUUAGUGCAUUUAAAAUUCUGUUCGCGUUAUGAUGGCUCGCGCAUACUAGUGGUAAACGGACAACGUGAACUGCAAACGUGCGGUUUAUUGGAUCACAAUAAAAACAAAGUGGAUGCCAACUUUGCGCGGGGCCAUGAUCAAGUGAAGGUAUUCUUUGAGGAUAUAACUGAAAUCGCAGAAAAUGUACCGCUUGAAAAUUUUGCAAAACGCAUCCAAACUGAAGCAACUACGUUCACAAAUUCGAUCGAUGAUUCAAUGGAAUUGGAAAAUAAGGCAGACGAGGACUUAAAUGAGGAAAAUGUAAUCCAAUUUAAAACAAAAUGGGAAAAAAACUCUUUGAAUUCGAGUAGACAUCAGAAGAUAGAAGCCGCGGAGGAAGAAAGAGCAAGCAAUAUAAAAGAACUUAGUAAUGGGCGCUCUAAAGAAAACGCUAAAGUAUCGAUUAGUGACAAUGAAGACAAAUUUUAUGAAUAUGAACGUCGUAAAAAACAACUAUACGAGCAGUUAUAUAAGCGUCGUGUACGACGGGAUCACGUAUACGAUCGCAAAUAUAGCCAUGGAGGGAACGCAAUUAAUUUUACUGAAACCGACGAAUCCAAUUCAAUAUCCAGUUUCGAAACCGGUCUUUUUGAAUGCUUUAAUGGGGCCAUUUUAUUAGCCGAAGGUUUUCCACCUACAGCAGAAUGUACAAAUGCCCAUUUCUUGGAAAAUGGUUCACAUCGUAUGCUGUCCAAACACGAAAUUAAUGAAGAUGGGUAUUAUUAUUACAUUUUCUACAGUGACAAUGACUUAGUACGCAAUGAUAUACAUGCUAUAUUCGAUAUCUAUAAACCGACAUUUCAAUAUUCGAAUAUUAGCGAUUCCCUACAUUCACGUUGCGUUAAUGCUACAAACUGCACUUUUCUUAUUAGUUUUUUGUCUGAUGAGGUUGUGGUCGUUGAAGUGCCUACACGUGACGGCAUCGAACACGAAGAUGAUGACAUCACCUACUUGAUCUCAACUUGUCAUCCUCGCCCGGAAAUAUACGCUAUAUUUCCCAUUUUAGUUUUAUUAUUAAUACUAAGCUGUUCCUUUUUGUAAUUUGUAAUAUAAUGUGAAAUUGCAUAUAAGUAGGAGUGCCACUGUUAACUUUUACAAGUAAUUGACUUGUUUUGCCAUAAAUUUAGUUUUAAGUAGCAGAUCAACGUUCGCCUGAAUGCACCAAUGUAUAUGACAUUAAGGUGUAUGUAUUUGUUAUUCAACUGUAGUUUAUAUUUCAGUGUGAAGUACGAAGAUUAUUUUUUAGUAUAACGACAAGCCUACAAGACAAGAAAAAUUGCAUUUUUUGAAAAAAUACAUGUGCAUUAAAAGUAUACUAAAGAAAAUGUUGUUGCAUUACUUUAACUAUAUAAAUACUUU